AUGUGUUGCCUUUCAAUGCACCACGUCUCUUAUCAUCACUACCCACCACUCUCUAUCCUCUCCAAGCAAACUCCUUUCUUCUCUCACCCUGGUUUUCUGUUGGCUUUUUCCUAUUCUUACCUUCUUGAGAUAGGAAUGGGUCCAAAGAAAUGGUUCAAGAUAAUAGUUAAACUGAAGAAAUCGAAGAACAAAAAAGAAAAGAAUUCAAAUGAAUACACCAACGGGAAGCAGAGUACUCGUGAAGAGUCAAGUAGCAUUCCGAAUGAAGGUUUGAUGAUGGACCGGACUGUUCCCGCCAGGUUGAUGGACGAUAUCGCAGCAACUCGGAUUCAAAAUGCAUUUCGAUCAUUUAUGGCAAGAAGAACAUUACACCAUCUAAGGGGAGCAGUGAAAUUCGAAACUUUAAUUCAAGAUCACCUAGCCAAAGAGCAAACAGCAACUGCACUAAGCUAUAUACAUUCAUGGAGCAGAAUUCAAGAACAAAUUAGAGCUCGAAGAAUCUGUAUGAUAACAGAAGCGAGGAUUAAACAAAAGAAAUUGGAAAGCCAGUUAAAACUUGAGGCUAAGAUUCAUGAGCUGGAGGUGGAAUGGUGCAGUGGUUCUGAAACCAUGGAAGAGAUACUUUCCAGGUUGCAACAGCGAGAGGAAGCAGCAAUUAAACGAGAGAGAGCCAUGGCAUAUGCCUUCUCUCAUCAGUGGAGGCCAAACUGUAGCCAGUAUUUUGGUCAGGCUUCGUAUAGCCUUGGUAAAGAAAGUUGGGGUUGGAGCUGGACAGAGCGUUGGGUUGCAGCACGUCCUUGGGAAGUCCGGGUUAGGGUUCAAUCCACCAAAACAAAGAAACUCAAUGGGCAGCAGCAAAAAACAAAAUUGGAUAAGAUGAAUCACAGUGAAAGCAAAGUGGCCUUGGCUAAACACGCCCUGUCAAACGGCAAGGAGAAUGGGAAAGGAAAAGAAAACGGUACUUCAGGGAUGUCAAAGAACAAUGAUUCGAAAUAGCCAUAGUCCAUGCUAUCAUGGGAGAACCCUUGGAUAACGCUGAGGCAGCCAAUUUGACGGUUUAUUGUUUUUUCUUCUUCUUUUGGGGUUUUAUUUUUCCAUAUUUGGCUUGGUGAGAAUCUACGAUUCGGUGUGUACGUUAUUACACUAGGAGACAUGUUAUCUUCUUUUGCAUGGUGUAUAUGAUACAAAUAUGGAUUUCCUAGUUUCGGCUCAAACUUGAGAAUGAUCUAUUAUCCCUUUCAUUCCAGGGGCAGUAAUUCAAA